UACUGUCUUGCUGAGCAUGGUGCACCGUUGUUGCUAGUUUUGGCAAGUGGCAGUCAUAUACGAUAUAAAAUGUUAUCAAGGUUGGCUCUCCGCAAUGCUCAGUUACUAUCUACGGCUGUGCGUGGAGCACAAAGUGCUUCGUCAGUAGCAGUAGAGUCAACUCGUCCUAAACGUUUGAUUAAUCCAUCUCCAGUUAGACAUGGAUUUAUACCCGAGGAGUGGUUUCAAGCUUUUUAUCCAAAAACUGGUGCAUCAGGACCAUACGUAUUUGCUAUAAGCCUGAGCACUUAUCUAAUUUCCAAAGAAAUUUAUAUCCUGGAACAUGAAUUUUACAAUGGAAUAUCUUUGUUCAUAAUAUGUGUAGCGAGUGUAAAAUUAUUUGGUCCAAAACUUGCUGAAAUAUUGGAUAAAGGAAUCGAUAAAUAUGAUGAUGAAAUUAAUGAGAGUAGAAAUAGCGAAAUAAAGCAGUAUGAAGAUCUAAUUUUACAUGAAGAGACUGAACAGUCGAAUUUAGAUGGACAAAAAAUGAUAAUGAACAUUAAAAAAGAAAACGUUAAAAUGCAGCUGGAAGCAACUUACAGGGAACGCCUGCUGCAAGUCUAUCAAGAGGUGAAGAAGCGUCUUGACUAUCAAAUACAAAUACAAAACCUUGAACGUCGAAUUGCACAAAAGCAUAUGGUGCAAUGGAUUGUGAAUGAAGUAUUAAAAUCUAUCACUCCCGAACAAGAAAAAGCGACUCUUCAUCAAUGUAUCAAAGAUCUUGAAGUUCUUGCUGCAAAAGCGUAAAAAGUUAUGAUUAAAUUAGGUGGAUGUGAAAUAGAAAUAAGAUGGUAUGAUAAAGGACAAUUGUGCCAUCAAAUAUAGUACAUUUCAUGCAGCUUAUUAAAUAAUUGUUUUCAAAAAUUUAGAAUAGUCAAAAAAUUAUGAAUGAAUAAACCAUGUUGCAGUGGUAAA